CUCCACUGGGGGCAGCAGAGUGUCAAGGGACCUGGAGGGUGGGCAGACAGGGCCCCAGCCAGAGCACCUCGGGCAGCAGGGCCUGCUCAUGUUCAGCUUUGCAAGGCCCUGGACUGCCCUGGAGCCAUCCCGGGAGAAAGCCCAUGCUAAGGCUGGGCUGCAGCUCAGAACUGUGAACCCUGGGGGUGACAGGCCGGGCAAGACCUGAGGCCUGGGCCAGGCGGGUCCCCCUCAGGGGCCUCAGCUCUUGGGUAAACAUUAAAGGCGGCCCAGGCCCAGCAGGUCACGUGCAGAUCUCUGACCUGCAGCGCUCCUGCUCUCCCGACACCUCUUCCCGGCAGGUGCCCCUCACCACCCACACAGAUCUGGGCUGGGCCUGGGUCCAUCCCUGCCUGAAGUCCAUGCCGAAGUCCCUCGCUGGUGACCAACUGGCUCGCCCCACUCUGGACACAGUCAACCUGGGGGGCUACGGACUUAGCGCUGCAGGGGUAUCCAGCUCUCCCCCUGUCUUGGAAGAGGGGGUCCUAGACCCCUGGGCUCUCCCGCAGUUGAAGGACACUGGCCAAUCAUGGGAAGAGCUCAGCGUGGUGGGCAGGCUGCGCCGGGUGGCCAGCAGCUUCCUCAAGGCCUGUGGGCUCCUGGGCAGCCUCUACUUCUUCAUCUGCUCCCUGGACACCCUCAGCUCCGCCUUCCAGCUGCUGGGCAGCAAAGUGGCCGGAGACAUCUUCAAGGACAACGUGGUGCUAUCCAACCCCGUGGCAGGGCUGGUCAUCGGCGUGCUGGUUACAGUCCUCGUGCAGAGCUCCAGCACCUCCUCCUCCAUUGUAGUCAGCAUGGUGGCCUCCCAGUUGCUGACCGUUCAGGCAUCCGUGCCCAUCAUCAUGGGGGUCAAUGUGGGCACUUCCAUCACCAGCACCCUGGUCUCCAUGGCGCAGUCGGGGGACCGGGAUGAGUUCCGGAGGGCCUUCGGUGGCUCAGCAGUGCACGGCAUCUUCAACUGGCUCACGGUGCUGGUCCUGCUGCCGCUGGAGUGUGCGGCCGCUGUGCUGCAGAGGCUCAGUGAGCUGACCCUGGCCGCCACCCACCUGCAGCCUGGGGCACAGGCCCCUGACAUCCUCAAGGUGCUGACACGGCCGCUCACACACCUCAUCGUGCAGCUGGACACCGAUGUGAUCUCAGGCAGCGCCACCAACAGCAGCCUCAUUAAGAGAUGGUGUGGCACCAGAGGGGAGCUGACCCAAGGGAACAGCAGCGAAUGUGGCGCCUUCAGCCCCUGCACCGGGAAUGGCUCCGCCCCCACGGACAGGCUGCCCUGCCGCCACCUGUUCGCAAGCGUGGCGCUGAGCGACCUGGCGGUGGGCUUCGUGCUGCUGGCGGGCUCCCUGCUGGUGCUGUGCAGCUGUCUGGUGCUCAUCGUCAAGCUGCUCAACUCCGUGCUGCGCGGCCGAGUCGCCCAGGCGGUGAAGACGGUCAUCAACGCGGACUUCCCCUUCCCCUGGGGCUGGCUCAGCGGCUACCUGGCCAUCCUGCUGGUGGGCGCCGGCCUCACGUUCAUGCUGCAGUGCAGCAGUGUGUUCACCGCGGCCGUCGUCCCGCUCAUGGGGGUCGGAGUGAUCAGCCUGGAGCGCGCGUACCCCCUCUUCCUGGGCUCCAACAUCGGCACUACCACCACGGCCCUGCUGGCUGCCCUGGCCAGCCCUUCGGCCAUGCUGCCCUCAGCCGUCCAGGUCGCCCUCAUCCACUUCUUCUUCAACCUGGCCGGCAUAGUGCUGUGGUACGUGGUACCUGUCCUGCGGCUGCCCAUUCCACUGGCCAAGCGCUUCGGGGACCUAACCGCGCGCUACCGUUGGGUGGCUGUCGCCUACCUGCUGCUCAGCUUUCUGCUGCUGCCCCUGGCAGCCUUCGGGCUGUCCCUGGCAGGGGGCCCUGUGCUGGCUGCAGUCGGGGGUCCCCUGCUAGGGCUCGUGCUCAUACUCAUCCUGGUCAAUGUCCUGCAGCGGCGCCGGCCAGCCUGGCUGCCCCCGGGCCUGCGGUCCUGGGCUUGGCUUCCCCUCUGGCUCCGCUCCCUGGAGCCCUGGGACCGUCUGGUAACCCGGUGCUGCCCCUGCAGGGCCUGCAGCCCCCCUCAGUCUGCCACCAAAGAGGCCCACUGCUAUGAGAACCCUGAGGUCCUGGCCUCCCAGCAGUUGUGAGGGGUAGCCACACAGACCAUCCCACAUCCCGCUGUCCACAGGGGCGACUCAGGAGCCUGCCCAUUGUUCUGGGGAGCAGGGGCCCCAGAGUGUCAGCCUUCUGGGCCAGCUGGUCCCCUUCUCUGCAAAUAAACUAGGCUGCUUCUGGGCGUGGUGGUCGACUCUGCCCAAGCAGGCGCUGCAAGGCUGGUGGGAGUGGGGCAUCUGUGCUAGGGGACAUCCAGUCCCCUGCAGGUGAGGGGCAGAGGUGACCUGCUGUCCCUGCCUGGGGCUGGAGCUUGGUGCAGGAGGGGCUGGACAGGGCUGGAGUCCCUUCCCCAGGGAAGCCCCUUCUAAUUAACCAGCCAGGCCUGGGCUGGGGGAACCUCAGUCCCACCAGGUGUGGGUCCAGGGGUGGUCUCUGAGGUGCCUCCCCCCCCCAUCCCAGUUCUACGCUGCCUUCUCUUUCGACUUAACUGGUGCCCAAGGCACCUGGCCCUGGGUCCUGGGCCUCCAGUCCAGGGUCUCUCAGGUGCACUGGCCUGUGCUCCCUCGGCCCCCAGGGGGCGCUGUGCCAGCUCUGGGCCCAUACUCAUCCAGGUGCUCAGCUGGGGGUGGGGGACCUCUGGAAGUCCACUUGGACCCCACGGGGCAAGGCCAGGCCUAUUUUGCACAGGCAGCGCCCGGGUCCCUGGCUGCGCCGGGGGGUUGACCAAGGCUACCUAGGCAGGUGAGGGAAGGCCAGGCCACUCCGUCACGCAGAGGGGCCUCUGGGAGCCCAGGCUCCUGCCCGCCCGGGGAGGCUUCCCAGUUACGCUCCGGUUUCCACACAGGAAGCUCUGUCUGCUGCCUGGCCAGCGAGUAACUGGACACCAGGCAGCUGGCAAGGCCCAGCCACCUAGAGCCCACAGCUGCCACCGCCCAGCACCCCCACACCACCAACCAGGGAGGUCUGGGUGUCCCAGAAUGCACGGCUUAGACCGGCGUGGGUCAGAUGGCAGAGGACUGCCUGUCAGGGACCUUGCUGUGCCUGCUUCUAGAAAAUCUUCAGUGUAGCCAUUCAUAUCCUCCCAGCCCUUCCCAGGCCUGCCUCAGUCAGCACGGGUAGGAGAGGGUGGCUGCUGAGAGAGGGGCGCCUCCUAGCAAGUGACCCUGUCUCUGCUCCCAUUCAAGUUCCUUUAACCUCCCUCCCCCAGGUCCGCAGUCCCCUGGCCCUGACCUCCUCUGGUCCUCUGCCCUCACCUUGAACUCACAAGUGGCUCUGGAGCCAUGAGGCCCUAGGCUUCUCAGGGCUGGCCCCCAGGCUCCUGCACCCCAGCUAUGGUCCCAGCCCCUAUUCCAGGACUGCCCUGUGGACCUGACGCCGGGGUCAGGGACCCUCUGCAGGGCUCUGAGGCCUGGAGGAUUCCCUGGGGGGUUAAGGGAAGCUCUCGGCCAGCGGGGUGGCAGAGGCUCCUGUCCUGACGGGGAGGAAGCACUCCAUGUGCCUCUCCUCGCAGGGCAUGUGAGGCCUCCCACAAAGGCUAGCUGCUGGGUCCUUUAAGGCUGCUAGGGACUGCCUGCCUGCCGGUAACACACCCUUCCCCUGGGACCAGGGCCACGGUAAACAGAGCCCGCUUUGUGCCUUGUCCAACAGCUGCAGCUGCGGGGAGGGCAGGUGCCCAGCACUCCUGCCUGGGUUGCUGCAUGCCCCCAAUCCUCUCUGUCCUGUACCCUGCCUGACUACAAACCUCCAGGCCCAGGAUGAGCCCUGAGGCCCUGUGCUAUCCCAUACCUCUGGUUUGGGAAGGACCCAUGGGGCUGGCCCACCAGCUCCAAGGAGCCCUGUCCUUGCCAAACCCAGGCCCAGGGCCACAGGGAGCCUUUGUGGCAUGUGUCCUGCACGACCACCUCACUUGCCCAGGCGAGGUGACUGGCAAGGCACACAGCCUGGUCCAUAGAGAGCCUGGGGGCCAGGAGUGAGGGCCAGCUGGCUCCCCUUCUCUGCAAAUAAACCAGGCUGCUUCUGGGCAUGGUGGUCGACUCUGCCCAGGCAGGCACUGCGAGGCCGGUGGGAGUGGGGCAUCAGUGCUAGGGGACAUUCAGUCCCCCGCAGGUGAGGGGCAGAGGUGACCUGCUGUCAAGGCCUGGGGCUGGAGCUUGGUGCAGGAGGGGCUGGACAGGGCCGGAGUCCCUUCCCCAGGGAUGAGAAUGAGAAUGCCUGAAGACUAGCCUGGGUGAGCUUUGCACAGCUACUGGGGAAUCUGAGUGUCCCUAUCCCCACCCCCGCUUUUGUGACAGCUGAAGGCCGUGAGGCUUCAGUGGCGUCCUCACCUGCUGCUGGGGCUGCUAAACUACUCUGCAGGCCCCAAGAGGACCCAGGGUUAUAGGCAGGGCUCUGCACACCCCAUAUGCUGACAGUGCCAACGGGGUCACUGCCUGCCUGGACACCCUGUAGGGGAGGGGCUGGCCCCCAGGUCCUGCUGCAGUCCAGCACGGCACACCCUCCUGGUCCGGGCAGCAGAGACUGGCAAUAGACCAAGGCCACCUGCAGAUUGCCCUGGGGGAUGGAUGCUGCUGUGUGGGCUCAGGUGCUGCUGCAGACGUCCUGCAAGGGGGACCCCCGUGUCCUGUGCGUCCCUCUAGGAGACCAUAAGCAGGUGCCCCCAGAAUCUCCUGGCAGGGAGGCAGCUGGGUGUCGGCCAGAAUCCGAUGACCAGUGCUAGGGACACUGUCUAGGGCAGACUCAAUAGUAUAGCUCACUGAGAAAGUCGCAAAAAUAACACGUUUUUUAACGUGAACGGUUAGAGGUCCGACCCUGUGUAGUGCACUGCUCUUCCUGCACGUGUCCUUUCCCUCCCAAAUGUCAACGUAAAUCCUACCCUCAGUGAGGGAUGACCAGGCGCCCGUGAGCGCGGGCGAGCCCGGGCCCGCCGAGGGAGGGCUGGGCGCCGCCUGGUCUCCAUGCGACUGUGUGUCC